GGAGAAUAAGCAGGUUGCUGUCUGAGUGUGUUGUUCUGUGUGUAGUGGUUUUAUGAUGUUAGCACAUUGUGAGUCGUUUUUAAGGAAUAUCUCGGACCUACUAAAUGGAAUAACUUACACUUAUUGAAAAUAUAAGGAACUGUGUUUGUUCUAGUAUGGGGGAGAAUAAUAAUAUUGUGGAGGGAUGGUUGCGUUCUCUCAAUUUAGUUCAAUAUACACAAUCAUUCAUAGACAACGGUUAUGAUGAUUUGGAAGUGUGCAAGCAAAUAGGCGAGUUGGAUUUAGAUGCUAUUGGAAUUGCUAAAAAAGAACAUAGAGACAAACUUAUACGUGCUGUUAGAAUAUUACGAGAGGAAGGGGGGACUGCCGUUUAUUUUACAUUAGAAGAAACUAUCGGGGCGGCAGUCAACCAACAAAUUAUCGGUGCUUAUUAUGACGAUUCUGUUUUGAAAGAAUUGGGUCCCCCUCCAGAUCCGCCAGAACUGACUGAUGAACAGGCUGUGCGUCUUGAUGCAUAUGACGUGGGAAAAUCUGCAUUACUCAUAUAUCCGAAAGUACAGUUAAAACACAUAUUAAAAAUUAAAGUCAGAGAAGAUGACAUCGAUUUAUCUAGCCCUCCGUAUACGACACAAGAGUUUGGACUAUGUCGAAGCAGCCUAACUGCCUUAGCUGUUAAAUAUGCAGAUGAGCUCAAGACCCAUUUUGAAGAUGUGUUCGAGCGACUGGAGGAAUUAUGGCACAUCGCGCGGGAAUUGGACAGUUACACACUGCCUGUCAAUCAUAGUCCAAUGCAUGGUAUUUAUGGCUCAUCAUCUGUGUAUGGUUUUUCACCAAGACAUGUUCCACCACCUCUUCCCUCUAUACCUCCACCUAAUACUAGUCAUGUAGAAAGAUGUACAGACUUACAGUGUCACUUACAAAUUGGUCAUAGACAUGAUAAUUAUGUUCAUCAGAAUUACGUUGCUGUAGAUGGUGGAGUUUGUUGUCUUUUUUCAAGAAAAAUAAAAACAGAUCCGAAAGGCGUCAGUGAUGAAGGAAAGAAAAAGACAUCUACAUUAAGUCGUUUCUUACGUAAUAUUGGUAUUAGGCGAUCAGGAAAGAAGCAUUGCUACAAACAGUAUUCCGGUGACCCCAAGAUAAAGCGAGAUCAAUUUUCUGUGUCAGGUGACCCUAAUGCAUUUGAUAUAACUAUGAGUGAUGAGGAGAGAAUUGCCCUCAUGGUUAUGGUAAAAGAGGGGAAAAUCAGCACCGAGACAGCUCUUGAAGUGGUAAGAAGGUUUGAAGAUGAGAGAUUACGAGAUUCCAAUGGAUCAUUGGUGGAUAUUGAAGGCAAAGAAAAUAUGGGUGGAUAUCCCAAUAAUCCUUCAUCAAAGAAAAAGAAGAAUCCUGGCUCAAAACCAAUGAAAUCGCAAUCUGCUAUAUAUGCCGAUGCUGGUCCUAGAUGUCAUAUAUGUCAACAUGUUAUAUUGGCAGAAGAACAAGAAGAUAAUCAACAUAUAAUAAAUGACGACCCUGAUAAUCAACUCUACGUGUGUUGUAGACAUAAACGAGUUCAUAGUGUAGGACAUAUUGAAUUUCCCCAUCAUGUUCAUUCGCCCUUGUUUACUCGUGCAAUGUCCUGUUCACCGUCUCGUAAUCCAAAUAUUGCGAUAACUUCCAUCAAUAUGCCUGAACAAGGGAGACAAUCUCCCGCUCACAAUCGCCUGUACUCUCCUAUCUUAGCUCACUCACCAAAAAUUAUGCAACCGUCAAUACCUCAAGGAAUGGAGGCAAUAAAAGAAAGACUCUCUGGUAAAUCAAAAGAUUUUAUGCAUAAAACAACAUCAAGAACUUCUCUGCUGUCAUCUGAGUCGGAUCAUUCUAUGGAGUGUAGCCAACAUGGACUAUUGAAAUCAGAAGUUCUGACAUCACGUAAUGAUGAUACAAACUAUUGUAGUAACUCAACUGUUUCUAUGAGCUCAGAUAAUUCACCAGCCAUUGGACGAAAGAAACAAGAAUUGGGUGUAAAGGGUAAAGGUCAAAAGUGGCAUAGAAGUGCUAGUUACAGUACAGGUGAUGAUGGUAUAUCUUCUGAAAAUGAUGAACAUGAUAAUGCUCAUUUAUUAGGUGCAUGGAGUAGAGAUCGAAAUAAAUUAGGUGGACGUCUGCGUGAAAUGAGAUUUGAAUUAAAGAAGAAGGUAAUGAAGAAUAAAGAUGAAAGACCUCAACAUACACAUAAUGUACAAAACAUACAGGCAACAUGUAAUAAUACACAGUUAAUGAACGUCAGUCGACCACCAUUAUUACGAACAACAUCACAGGGAGGCUAUAUGCCGCCACCAGCUCCAGCAGCAUGUAGUCAGAUGCCCUUAUAUGGAUGUUUUCAGCCAUCUGGUGAACCGGCUGUUUAUUCAGGUCCAUUUCUAGGUAAAGCCUGGGUUACAAAAUCAUUUCAACCAAGUGAAGAAGAAGUAGACUUUCUACAUAUUGAAAAAGGUGAUAUAAUACAUAUUAUUAAUAUGGCUCAAUCUGGUGUAUGGAGAGGUGCGCUUAAAGGUCAAGUUGGAAACUUUCAUUUCUGUAAUGUAGAAGUUAUAGUUGAUGAUGCUCCCUUAUAUCAACGAAAAGAUAAACAUCCGAGACGCAAGAAUUCUAAAAAAUCCAAACCAAAGUCUGUAGAAGAACUAAUGCAGAGGAUUGGUUUAGAGCAUUUAACAAGUUUAUUAUUACUCAAUGGCUAUGAUCAACUGGAGAUAUUUUCGGAGAUAGAUGAAGAAGAUUUAAAUAUAUUGAAUAUUUCUGAUCCCGAGCAACGAGCUAAAUUACUGACUGCUGCUGAAUUACUUCUUGACUUUGACUCAACAGACACGUCUGAUAGUCAUGUAAAGAGUGAUAACUCUGGUGCUGCAUCCGAUACACCAUGUAGUCUUUCUCCUUCUAACAUGGCCAAUAAACCAUCACCUACACCUAAAGUUAGUCGUGACUCGGGCUGUUUCGCAAGUAGUGAACAAUUACAGAAACAUUCAACAGCUUGUAAGAAAUCUCCACUGACAACCAAAAGUGUGGCCAGUGGACAGGGGGGAAUAAAGGGGAGUAACUCUAGUUGUAAAACAUGUACAAAUUGUGGUAAACCCAAAGCAGAAGGCGGAGAUGAUAGUAUGGAUACAGAUAAAAGUGAUCGUGAAUAUACAGAGGAGGAUAGGGAGGUCUCGGCUAUUACAAAAUGUUGUGGUGAUACAAAAAUUCAGAACAAUCCUCCGCGAACAAGUUCUUGUGCUAAAACCAGUAACUAUGGCUACAGCCAGUGUCAGAUCUGUAAACAUAAUUCUUCACUUAUGUCAUCUGGUAUUUAUCAAACUGCGUCUAAUGGCAAUGUUAUAUAUGAAGGAAUUUAUCCGCGAAUGAUGUGCCAAUCAGUAUAUGGACAGUCAGGACAACAUGCCAUAUAUGGUAAACAUAAAAAGACUAAACCUGUGCCUCCACCUAGAAUCUCUAGUGCUCAAGACACUUCUGUUUAUUUAGAUAAUCGUAAAGCCACAGGGACCCAAUCUCAAAUUAUGUCUCCUUCCAAACAUCAACCUCGUUCAAACCAAAUUAUGUCGAACUCACAAUCUUUUGGUUGUGAUACCAGAUCUCCUCCACCAAAUUAUAAAUCCACCAUAUUAAAAGAUGGCCGAAAGAGUGUGGAACCUAUUUAUGCUGCAUCACAAAAAACUUUGAAAAAUGUUAGUCGAUCGUUGAUACCACUAGUUACAACUAAACUUGGAGCAGAGAAAAUAGAUUUUAGUCUUGAACCAUAUUCAACACAGAAUGGAUAUUGUGGAAUACCUCCUCUAUUAGUACAGAGAUAUGCUGAAGAGUUACGUCAAGACAUCACUAGUGUAGCUUUAGUAUUGGAACAAGUUCGCAUCAUUCAAUUACAAAGUUUAGACAGAGUUUGUAUACCCAAUGAGAAGUUAGCUGAAUCAUGUAGUGAAGCCUGUGAUCUGAAAAUCGCAUCGAUCUACGAAUUCUUCAUUUCUAUUGGUCUUCCCAUGUAUACAGAAGAUAUUGUAAAUGGUGGUGUUACAACAAUUGAGCAACUCCUGAAAACUACGGAAAGUCAAUUUAACCAGAUCACUGGUGCUGAUAGUAGACAUUUAAAACGUCUGCUUCAUGCCAUCGAAUGGGUUCGCAGUAAAUUAUCUUCUCCAACCCGAUCGGUUAAAACUAAAGCAAUUAUAAAUGUAAUAGAUAAAGUGUAGUUGUAUAUUUUAUAGUUCUAUUUAUUUCUACUCCAAGGACCUAAGAACUUAGGAAAAAAUUAAUUUUGGGGGGACCAAAGUUGAAUUUUGUCAGAAAAUUGAUGGGAGUGAAAGAAAAUGGUUGGUUGUCUGCAAAACCUUUUGCCAAUUGAUUGGGGGUUCCCCCUCCUCUUAAGAACCUCUACUCUACUCAUGCUUGUCAUUUGUAAUUUUUUUGGGGGGGACCAAAGCUGAAUUGUGUCAGAAAAUUGAACCUAAAGGGAGUGAAAGAAAUUGGUUGGUUGUCUGCAAAACUUUUUGUCAAUUGAUUGGGGGUCCCCCCCUCCUCUUAAGGACCUCUACUCUACUAACUCAUGCUUGUCAUUUGUUAUAUUAUUAUAUAUUGUUCAAAUUAUCCAUCAUAAUAGCAUAAUAUUAGCCGUCAAAAAUAUCCUGUAUAAUAUUUGAAAUUAUUACUGUUAUUAUGUGGUAUAUCUGUGUAAUAUCUAAUAUUUUGAUCAUGAAAUAAUUUAUUGAACAUGAAAUUGUUGUUCAAUAUUAAUUCUAAUGAAUUAAGUUUUACUAGUUACUUUGUCAAAUGUGAUAAUAUAUGUAUGCAUAUAUAGAUGCAUUAUGUAGGAAUUAGAUAAAGGGCGGGCCGUUCACGCUAUAAUACUUCAAAGUAAAUAAUGAUAAUGAAUAUAUUGAAAAGUUCUUCAUUCUGAGUGAAGUUAUGAGUGUUUGAAUUUAUCAAGUACUAGUCCUUUUAUUGAGUGAUGUCCAUUUUAAAUGGUACAUGUAGUCUAAUCCAUUCAAUAUCUAAGCUAUCCAACGUUGUCUUGUAAAUAAUUGCUUAAAUAAUUAUUUAUAUAACAUUUGAAUCCAGAAAAAAAAAAUGCAAUAGUAGGCAGAUUUAGUUCUUACAUAAUGCAACUUUAACAUGUGCUAAUAUUAUUAAAAUUGUAAGUCCAUAUAUAAUGAUGUGUACUACUAUAUUUAUUAUUUAAAACAUUUUAAUACAGCACAUAGUGCUAAGGGUCAUUCCAUUUAAAAAUACUGCGGUGGUGGGUUCAGAAUUUUUAAUGACCACCUUACGCAACAAAAUAUGUUAUAUUUAUUAACAGAGAGAUUUUUUUUCUUCUGAAAAUUGCUGUAGAGCAUGCUGAGCAUCAGUGAGUGGCCUUCCC